AAGCUUGAUAUAUUUCUCAUCCUGGUGGUUGCUUCUGCUGGCACUGAGUUGAGAUUAGCUGUGAGUGCAAGAGAUCCAGCUCGAGCAUGCUAUGGACCAAAGCAUGUUGAGGUUGCCCAUGAGCGAAUGGCUGUCCAAACACUUCUCAUCACUGACGAGCUCUUCAGGUGA